UAACUUGAGGUGUGUUGGAAGACCAAUAUACUAUUCAGUCUCCAUUCAAAUAAUGCUCUCCAGUCUCCGCUCGGUUUAGCCGGUGACUUACCUUUUUUUGGUAAGUAAAAAAAAAGAAAGGAGGAAGGAAGUCUCUUGGGUUGGGUAACACUAGAACUGUAUAACAGCAGAAAGCACUGAGAAAUGCAGGACGCUCUAUCGGAGCCUCUCGAUCUCAAAGCAAUUCGGAGUCGAAUUAGUGAGCUUGAAGAAGUUUACCGGAGCUUCAAUGACGAGGACAUGGUGUCUUCGGAUUCAGACAAGUUGAUGAUUGACAGCGCUCUUCAGCCGGAGUUUCAGAGCAGAGUCGACCAGGUUUUGUCGGGUCUCUCCGACGUCAGUUUCUUAGGGAUUUCAGAUUUAGAUGCAUACUUAGAGCACUUGAGGGAGGAGCUCACCGCGGCGGAGGCUGAUAGUGCUAAGAUCACUAGUGAAAUUGAAGCUAUCAAUAGGACCAAUCUCCAAGAUUCCAGUCAACUAGAGAGGGAUCUUGAGGAGUUGAAGUGUUCAUUGGACCGUAUUUCUUCAGAGGAUUUACCUCAGGCAUAUGAUGGUGCACGGCCUGCUUACUCACUGCAUGAGGAUUAUCAAUCCAAUUCAUUACAGACAGAUCAUGAUGAGAAGUUUGAGAUUAUGAAGCUUGAGAAUCAGAUUGUGGAAAUCACGGCAAUGUUGAAAUCUUUGCAAGAUCUCGACUCUUCAGUCAAGAGGUUAGCAAUUUGUUUUGAUGCAUUGGAACAAAUUGAAAACACAUUCUCAGUUCUGGAAGUCAUUGAAAUUGAUGGAAACUGCAUUAAUUUGUCAGUGAGGACUGAUUUCCUGAAAUUGGAAGAUGUCUUGUGCAAACAAAGAAUUGACGAUAUCAGCGAGCUGUCUGAAGUAGUUCACAACGUUCUCAUAGAAGCUUCCAGUGAGACAAUGGAACUUAAGAAUGUUGAGAUUUUUCCGAAUGAUUUAUUCAUUGGCGAUAUCAUAGGUGAUGCCAAUUCAUCCAGCCAUUCUUUCACACAUGGUUCCCUCCCGGGGACAAGUUCCUUACUGCAAUGGUUUAUAAUGAAGCUACUAGACAGAAUAAGAGACUGCAAUUUAAGAAGAUUGGUGGCUACAAGUGCUAGCAAAUCAAGGAUGGCCUUUGACGAGUUCGCCUCUGAAAUUGACUUCCCUCCAGAGCUCAAACCAGCUCAAGGAAAUCUCCUCGAGCAUUCUCUGCAAGAUUCAGGAAGCAGCAAAUUCCUUAGAUUCACGAAUUCGACACCAGCUGCUAAGCUUCGCUGACGAAAUUGAGCAAGAGGUGCUGUCGAAAAGUGCAGCUGGAACACCACCAUGAUAAUAAUUCUUCCUCUUGAAAUUUAUUCAUUUCAGUAGGAUGUCAAGAUUGUUACUAAUCUGCGACGAUUAUAUAUUCCGUUUUCAAAAUGCAUGGUUUCUCAGGUCAUAUAAUCUUCAUCUGGUUUCAUCUUGGUACGAAAAUCAUCAUGUAUUUUAGACCUCAUGUAACUACAUAAUACACUUGACACUUCGUGACCACGUUUCAUAUUGACGUGACAUGAACAAAAAAACAAAAUAUUUUGUAAAAGUCAAACGAAUUUGAAUCUAGGUAAAUUUAUCGGCAGGAAAAUUUUUAAGUCAGUAACAGUGAUUUGAUGAUCAGAAGAGCUUGCUUAAAUCGGGAGGAGAAAGAGUUUGAUAUGUGAGAAUUCGUGCAGCAAGUUCAGUCGGAUGGAAGCUGUCAAAGAACAAGUACUUGUCAGCAGCAGCGCAGGUCCCUGGGACUACACAGAGCACCCCACUCUCUAUGUUCCCGGUGCCACAGCACCCUCUUUUAACCUCUUCAAUCCCGUAUGGAGCUGGAUUCUCGGCGAGGGAAACGAAAUGAUUGUAGAGCUCGAACUUCACAGCUUUGGUUCCUGGAAGCUCUUGAUUCAUCUGAUCAACCAUCAGAGACAGCUUGGAGUUGAACAGCCUGAUGCGCCUGUUGAGGCUCUCCGAACACUCCCUCCUCGGUCCACCCUGCGAGGAUCGUAUCGCUGGUGCACACCCCGUCGGAGGUAACUCCACCAACCCAAUUCUUCUUGCUCCAGCUUCAUAUAGUUUCUGUACGUUCGCAUAGAUUAUAAAUCAAUCAGUUUGCUAUUUCAUUAUAGCAUUGGAGUUGGUCUGGUUCUGGUUCUGGUCUUACCUUGUGGAAGUCUAGAGCUAGGCUGAUCAUAAGAUCGGUGUAGGAUUCUUCGGUGUACCGGUAGUCGACGGUUUGGGUACGUGUUGGUGAGGUCAUUGCUGCCCAUGAAGAUGAUGUAUGCGCUCUGGGAAAUGAUUUCUUGUGUUCUUUCUGGGCCAACGCUUGCAUUGAUCCUCUUUAUGUACUCUUUGAACAUGUUUAGUUGAGUCAUCAUCGGUAUUGCGUUCUUCACGUCAAGAAAGCCAGAAAAAAAAAAUGAAAGAAAAGACCAACAUUAAACUGAUGUAGUAGAUCAAUUAAUAUGAUGCAUAAGCCACACCAAGCAAUGGCGGAGGAGUACCGAUGGAGCAACGACUCACCAUUUUUUGGGGUGUUCGAGGGUCGUAACCGGAACCAGCAGAAGCAAAACACACGCCAGUAAGCAGUUCUUGGAGGUCCAAGCUUGGAUCCAAAUAUGGUGGCAAAAGUUGUUUCACUCCCAAGACUUGAGCUGAAAAAAAGUUGUGAUAGCAGAAAUUGAGAAAUACAGAGGCUUUUUUCAUUCAGACAUCUGGAAUAACAGAUGGAGAAGUUGGCUACACGUACCAAUGUAGUCGGCGACUCCUUUGGCAUUGCUGAACCUGCCGGUGGCUCUUCCGCCGGCGAAGUCUCGGCCGUAAGGUGGGAAGUUUCCCUUGGCGAUGGUGUGGACGUAGUUGUUGUUCCCUGUAUCAACCAACGAGUCUCCGAACACGAACACUGCUGGCACUUGAUUCUUCUUAUUAUAGCUCUCUGCGGCGGCGGCGGAACAAAUCAGCAGUGCUAAGAUGCAAGCAAACAGAACAUGCAGAGUCGCCAUUGGAAGUUGAAAGGAAGAAGAUGAUCGAUAUACUUGGUGGAGUGCUUAAGGGGUUUAUAUAAGGAGAAGAGAAGGAAGGGUAUGGUUCGAAUCGUAUCUCUGGAAACAAAGUCGUCGGAUCUAACAGCUCAAGAACAGCGCUGUCAGCUGGGAUUUUACAUAUUUUCAUCACAUGUGUCCUCCAAAAUACCUGCAGGCGAUAAGAGUGGCAAACUAGUGCUCAUGCACGUUUCCGUAUACAUAUUAGAUAGAACUCGUGCCCUCCUGAUUAUUUAAAUAGUAAGUUAUUUUUGCAUAGAUACGACCAGCGUAGAAUCCAUGGUUGCUUGCGCUUCGUUGCAGAAAUUUGAAGGGUUCUUAAGUUACACUAGCUUCUUGCCCGGCCUUUGGCCGGGAUAACUGUUGUUCAGGGUUGGUUGUGCCAUCCACUUUCCCUUUUUUUCGUCUACGGGUAUUUGAUGGGUCGUUUAUUAUCCUUAUCGUUAUACUGAUUAUAUGUGUCUCCAUUUUCUGUUGAUGUUUUGAAAUUACCAUAUAUACUCUUGACAGACAAUAGUUUGGAUGUAGAUUAUUUAAAUUUACAAUGGUUAACACAUCAUAACAUAGUCAUUUGGGACCAACGUUGUACUUCACAAACAUGAGUAUGAUGAAAAACCUACAGUUUCGUAAUAUAAUUAAAGUAUCGUUGUUGUGUGAUGACUAUGUGCAUAACUGAAUGUGCCGAGUACUUGGGAGCUUUUCAUUUGUUUGUUGCUACUUGAAUUUGCAAUGAUGUGACGGCCAAAAAUUUCUCGUUGUUGUUCGAAGCGGGCAUUAGUAUCCUGGUUCGUUCUUGUAAGCAUCGAGUGGGGGAUGGUGUGCCUUCAACAUCACUUUAAGACUCUGGUUUGAGGGGCUUUGUAAUCCAAGUACACUGGACAAACAAACCAAAGAAUUAUGAAUAAAGAUAACAGCUUUAUGAACAAAAUCAGCAACCCAUAAACUUGAAUGCCAAUGUCAAUGAUCAGAGUCCCCUCACCAGAUCUUUCGGUACGCCACUGGUGAC